CACCCUAACCUCUUAGACUUUUGCAUCUUGAAUCUUGAGAAAUUAAAAUACCAAGAGUAAAGUCAAGAGUCCCCUAAAAGAAAACAAAACAUGGGAAUUUUGAAUUGAUUCUAGUGACUCAUGAUCUGUAUCUGUAUUUCAACUUCCCGAUUCUUUUGAGCCUUGACACAUUUGUAAUUUCUGAAAACUAAUGAUGGAAGAACCAGCAAAAUCAUCCACCACUUGCAACAUCUGUAAUACAAAUGAUUCUGUGUAUGUCUGUCCACGCUGUAAUAUACCGUAUUGCUCAUUGUCUUGUUAUCGUGACAAGAAACAUUUAACUUGUUCCGAGUCCUUCUACAAGACUCAGGUAUUCGAUGCGUUAUCAUCACAAACUGGAGAUGACAGCGCAGAAUCAAGGCAACGAAUGGAAGAAAUUCUUACACGGUUUCAUUCAUCUGAUUCACAAUUUGCUGAACACCUAGAUUCUGAUGAUGAUGAUGGUGAAGAAGAAGAUGAUGAGUUAUCAACUCGUUUGGCAGGAGUAAAGUUAGACGAUGCAGAUGCAGUUUGGCAACGUUUAACAGCCUCAGAAAGAGCUGAAUUUGAGAAAUUAUUGAAGACUGGUGGAAUUACUGAGCUCCUUCCAGAUUUCACUCCGUGGUGGAUAGUAUUGCCCAAACUUGUUCAAGAAGUCCAUACUGAUAAUGAAGUAUCUGAUUCUAAAGAAGGUAAUUUAGAAGGAGCGUCACCUGCUCAAAGUCAGAAUAUACCCGCUUUAAUGAAAAAUGUUCCACAGUUUAAAGACAUUUGUAGGAAAACAGCUUCACCCUGCUUGCCUUUCAAUGCUGUGAACAUUAUUGGAUCAUAUGUGUAUGUAGUGAGGUGUUUUAAUGGGGAGCAUCUAGAUUGGCCUUCACAAGCAGCAUACAGUGCUUGGAAUCUAAGUGGAACUCUAAGUAAUAACCAGAACUUCUCCAACAUGUUAGAUGCAAUCACAAGUAUUGCUGUGAAUAUGACUCAGAAAGAAAAUGCAAGUGAAGAAGAAAUAUCAACAAUGAAAAGUGAUGCCAAAUGCAUUCUUUCUUCACACUCGCAUAUGCAAGCUGCAUUAUCAGAUUUGCACUCAUUAUUUCAUGCUGCUUUACAUCAACGCCCUUCAACAGCCAAAGGUCCAUUUUCACAACGAUUCCCAGACGGAGCUGAUAACUUAUUACCACGUGAUAAAAUCAGGCUCACAGUGAAAAAGAUAGAAUUUUAUCUAUCAUGGACACUAGAGAAAGAAUUUCUUGUUACCAUUCAAGAAUGAUUUGAGAAUUCUACAUGUGAGUGUAUCAUAAAUAAAAGUUCAUGCACACUUUAAA